AUGCAUAUUGAUAUCGACGCGGGGCCCACCUUGCAAACCACGUUCGAGGCGUUUCGUAACGAGAUCGAUGCCUUCAACGACCGUCGUGAACGGCUCAUAAAGACAUCACGCGAUGUGACAGCCCUCUCUAAGAAAGUCAUAUUUCAUCUACAUCGCUUUUCGUUCCAGGCACCAUGGCCGGCCGACGACCAGGACGAUACGUCUUCAAAUACCCGCCUCUUUGAGGAGGCACAAAAGAAGUUGGCAGAGAUUGAGUCAUUACUACGUGCAUGCGCCGACAAAGAAGGACUCCCAAGUGAACCCACCCGUCCGAAUGAUACCAUGCUCCGCUGCGAGCGUUUUCUUGGCGCGUCGCUGGAAGAAUGGAUCGAGGCCAAAUCGUUCCUUUACUUCUUACAGUACAAUGCCCUGAUCCCUUACGACGUCGUGCAGGCCGCUUUAACCAGCGACACCUCCAUGGAUGUGUAUGUGACACCCAUGCGCUAUCUGCUGGGCCUCUCCGAUUUGACGGGUGAGCUCAUGCGCUUCGCUAUCAAUGCUGUUGCAAGCAUAGCACCCUUGCAAAUUAUGGAACACGUACUGACAAUGCAGCGCACUAUUUUCCACGCGCUGGAACCGCUCGCGCCUUAUCACACAGAGAUCCGGAAAAAACAGCAAGUCACACUAACAUCCCUUCGCAAAGUAGAAGAUGCGGCCUACACCAUCCGAGUUCGCAGUGCUGAGUAUGCACACGACCCAGACAUGGCACAGGGGCUUAUACAGCGUGCGUUGGCAUCCAACGAGGACGUUAUGCCUCCAUCGUAA